AGGAUAUGUGAGAGUCUACCUUCUAUGGCCAUAACUGAGAGAACCCAAACCCAAAGCUACACAACCCUUUAAUGGGGGAUGGUUCUCUUCCUUUAUAUAUGGAACCAAUAGUACUAUAGAUCGAUUACAGAUAGAGAUACAUUAGGAGUAGAGAAGAAAGACUAAAUGGGUAGGAGCCCAUGUUGUGCCAAAGAGGGACUUAACAAAGGAGCUUGGUCAGCUCAUGAGGAUUGGAUACUUACUAGCCACAUCAACACUUAUGGAGAAGGGAAAUGGAGAGACCUCCCUCAAAAAGCUGGUUUGAAGCGAUGUGGGAAGAGUUGCAGGCUCCGAUGGUUGAACUACCUGAGACCAGACAUCAAGAGAGGCAACAUUUCCAAAGAAGAAGAAGAGCUCAUCAUCAGACUUCAUAAGCUACUCGGUAACAGAUGGUCUCUGAUAGCAGGAAGACUACCAGGGCGAACAGAUAAUGAAGUAAAGAACUACUGGAACACCAACCUGAGUAAGAAACUGCAAGGCAAGAUAGCACAAAAUCAACUUAACAAAACUAAAGAUAAGAAC